AGCCUGAGAGUAAGCAGUCGACCUGUUGUUUAUCGGUACGUCAAGUAAGAUACCUGAUUGUGUGUUGUCAAUAACUUCAUACCAAUAUGGCGGCCGUACAGGAAUUUAGCGAUCAGGUUUUACAAGUGAUCGGCGAUCACGAGAAAGAUUCCUUCUCCGUCUUCCAGGAGAUGAGGAAGCUCGAUGAAUUAUGUGACAUCACACUCAGUGUGAACAGAAGGGAAAUACGUGCUCAUCGAGUCGUUCUGGCAGCUUGUAGUUCGUACUUUCGUGCCAUGUUGACCACGGGGUUUCUCGAGAGCAACUUAGGCACGAUAUCUCUGCAGGAUUGCGACGAAAACGCCGUUGAGCAACUUGUAGACUUUCUGUACACUUGCAAAAUGGAUCUCAACGAAUCAAACGUGGAGAAUAUCCUUGCAGUGGCGAGCUUAUUUCAAAUCCAGCUUGUAGUUCAGAAAUGUGCAGAUUUUCUGGGAACCCUCAUCAGGAUUGAAAACUGCCUCGGUAUUCAAUCGCUGGCGAUGCAAUAUUCCUUGGGAAAUCUAGAAUAUAAAGUGAGGAGUUUCAUCAGCUGGAAUUUCUUAGAAGUGUCGCGGGAGAGUGAAUUCGUACUGAUUCCUCCUCAGCAACUCAGUAAGAUCGUGGAAAGUGAUCGGUUACAUGUUAAGAUGGAGGAAGACGUGUUUGAAGCUGUUAUCAGAUGGUAUAAGCAUGACAGGGAAGAGAGGAGGAUAAAAUAUUCCGAGAUUUUUGAGUUGGUUCGUUUUCCUUGCAUGAGCAAAGAAUAUUUGGAAAAGGUUGUCUUGGCGGAUGAGCUUAUCCUAAGUGAAGACAAUUGGAAGAAAUUCGUAGAGGGUGCUAUAGCUCUUUUGACUUCUCCACUGGGUAGCAAGAAGAGGGCAGUGACAAAACGAAAAUCACCUAACGUACUGUACCUGAUCGGUGAGUUGUCAUGUCGGAUUGAAACAUUCGACCUAGAAAGUGGAAGCUGCUCGCCUGCUACUGGUAUGGCACAAACUGCAGGAUGUGCUGUGGCUGUCAACGAAGAACUGUAUGUUGUACUGGGCGGAGGAACACGCAUAGAAAAAUACGACCCCAAGCUGAAUGCUUGGGUCCAAGUUGGCAAUGGAAUCAAAGAGAGCGAUUUUGACGUAUGUGAGAGCAUGGGCUCUAUUUAUGUGGUAGGCGGUGGAAAGCGCGCGAAAAGCUUCAACAUUGACACGCGCGCAUGGAGUAAACUUCCAAACAUGAGCAUGCGUAGAAGCUUUCACAGAACUGUUGGACUGCUAGGGAAGGUUUACGCUAUUGGUGGAACUACACCCCCAGGGGACAAAACUGAAGCCUCGGUUGAAUGUUUCAAUCCUGCGAGUAACCGCUGGGAAGUGGUGGAGCCUAUGAACACGGCACGCUUCAGACACGGGAUUGCUGCGAUGAAAAAUAAAAUUUAUGUCGUUGGCGGAUUUGAUGCGCGAAAAAGUUGUCUAAAAUCAGCAGAAGUGUUUGAUCCAGUGGUAAAUACUUGGAGUUUCAUUGCUCCCAUAAAUCAUCCGCACCGUGAUUUCGGUGUGGGAGUCACUCACGAUAUGAUUUUUGUCUUUGGAGGUUCAGGAGCAAAUUGCAUCGAGAGUUACGAUAGGAAUACUAAUGAAUGGAACGAAGUUGGGAGUCUGGCGACGAGGUGGAAUACUUUCCGUUGUGUAUCGUGCCCUUUGUUUCAAUUUUAAAGAAAAAUGUACUCACGGCCCUGUCCUGAAACGGUCGAACUUUGAAUACUCAAAACAAAAUCACUUGCAAAACUAAGUUUCAACGCUAUCUCUUACGAUAAGUUACUGAAGUCCAAAUACAUUGUAAAAAAGUGAUCCUAAAAAGUAUUAGUUGUCAUGUGAUAGCACAAUGAAGUUUAGAUCAAACUUAUACUGUUUGUGCAUUUUUAUAUGAUAGAAUCUGUUUCCUGAGUGUAGUUUGCUUUGGUUUUUACUGUUAUGUAAAUGCCUAUAAUGUACAUGUUCAUGCCAAUUAAUUGUCUGUGGCAGUGACCAACUCGAAAGCUUAAGCUACUUUGGUCACUGCGCGCAUUUUGCUUAUCACUACUUGUGUAAUUUAGUUUGCCUAUGUCUCUCCUUUUUAUGUACUCUAGUGUAGAAAUAAUUAUUUGUAAGUAGUGCAAAAAAAUAAAGAUUAAAGAUCGAA